UCUUUUCAUGCAUGAUGCAUGCAGGUGCGGAGCUCGCGUGCUCGCAAGGACGUGUGAGACGCCGAACCCCAGCUCACUUGAACGUUGAGUGCGUCUAAAAAUGGUUCCAAUGAACGGACUAUCAAUUUUGUGUACACUCACAAAAUCACAAUCCCAGAGAAUUCCCAAUUGAGCGACGACCAUGACAGCAACAACCGCCGUCGUCAAAUAGAUAAUGCCCAGACUGAAACCAUCACCAUCUCCCUCUCCAUACUGCACUAAGCUACUGUCAUCUAGCUAGCUAGCACCGCCUCGAUUUGAUUCAAUAUGCCCGCAGAAGAUGGCAAUUCGGAGGAGACCAUUUCGGCGUACUUUGUCUUUUUCUCCGCUCUACUGUCCGUGGUGUUGAUCCUUUCCAAACUGCUCCAUGAUCGACAACGUUUGGCGAGUAUUCUCCCCGAAGCCGGAAUGAUUGUGGGUGUCGGAAUGGUGGCGGGUGCGCUGGUGUUGUGGGUGUUUGGAGAAGAACGCAUGGGUCAAGUGCGGGGCAUGGAAAUGGACGAUGACGCCUCCAAUGUGGACGUUCAUGCACUCGUCCACAAUGUGCUGAGUUUUAGUCCCAAUGCCUUUUUUGUGGCAUUGCUGCCUCCCAUUAUUUUCAACAGUGGGUACCAUUUGCGACGAGAAUUGUUCUUUCGGCAUAUUCGACCGAUUGCUCUAUUGGCUGUCGUGGGGACACUGGUAUCGACCAUUGCCAUUGCCACUCUGCUCCAGAUGGUCAAAGUCUUGGGAUGGAUUGGACAUGGACAAGACGAAGAAGAAGCCUUUGCGCCCACACUGACGGAGCUAUUGACCUUUGGAGCCUUGAUUAGUGCCACGGAUCCAGUCUCCACCUUGGCGGUCUUUCAAGUCAAACGAGUGGAUCCACAACUCUUUUAUCUCGUCUUUGGAGAAUCCGUUUUGAAUGAUGCCGUUGGGUUGGUACUCUUUGAAACAUUCUGCAAGUUUGUACAACGCGACAAUGGAGCUGGAAAAAUUGCCAUGGGCGUCAUGGAGUUUGUCGUGGGAUUUGCCUUGGACGCUGUCAUUUCUCCGGUAUUGGGAUGGGUUUGCGCCGUACUGGCGGCGCUCUUAUUCAAACAUAUUGAUUUGAGAAACAAUACACUCCUCGAACUCGCACUCUAUCUAUUGAUCAUGUACGUGCCCUUUCUCAUGGCCGAAAUACUACAACUCAGUGGCAUUGUCACCAUUCUCGUGACGGGCAUUGCCGCACGACAUUACGUCGAACCCAAUUUAUCCACACAAACACAAGAUAUUGCCGAUGUCAUUUUCCGGCUCAGUGCCCAUCUCGCCGAAACAUCCAUCUUUUUAGAGUUGGGACUCAGUGUGGCCGGGGUCACGGAGUUUUUGCAAUGGAAGUUUAUUGGCUGGUCGCUCGUAGCGUGCUUGGUGGCACGAGCGUGUCAUGUCUAUCCCAUUGCCUUUUUCUUUAAUCAGUCGUUGCUGUUGAGAGAGCAGCGACAACAGCAACAAAAGGAAGAAGAAGAACCCUGUCGUGUCUUUUUUGGCUACAACAUCAAGGCAGGUAUGGAUGGUCUCAUGAAAAUGGAGUUUGGUCAACAAAACGCGUCACAAUCAGUCGGCAACAACAAGGUUGACGAGGCAAACUUCAAAACAACCGCAAGAAAACCAAUGUCUGGCAACCUCGAGUUGACGGAACAUCUCAACGACUUUUACCACAAUCAACAAGACGACGACGAUAAGGACGAAACGACCACAAAACCAAACAGAAAACAAGUGGAACGAUCCGCUUCCAAUGUCACUGCCAACUCGGAAACGACACUCACACCCGUCCCCCAACGAGAUUUAAAAAUACAAGCCAACACGGCCCACAUGCUAUGGUUUUCGGGACUGCGGGGUGCCGUGGCAUAUGCGUGUGUGAGAUCCUUUCCCGAUACAUUUAACCACGAACGAGAAUUUACUUCCACCACCAUGAUGAUUGUACUCAUCACGGUCUUUGUCAUGGGUGGGGCCACCGAAGCGGUUUUGAAAAUGCUGAAUAUCGAAAUGAAUGUCAACGAAGAUCAGUACAUGGAAGCUUGGAGACGAAGUGAUCAGGCACCAGUACCUGGAUUUUGGACCUUUUUCGACAAGCGCAUGGUACUACGCUACGUGGUCCGGGAUUAUGACAUGUCUGCCUCAUCCCGAGACGAUUUGGGUAUCAGCCCAAGUGCAUCGAACGACUCGGCCACCAACCCCAAACGCCCACAACGAGAAGGUUCCUCUCGCGUAAGCAGCAACAGCACCAAUACGAAGGGUGCAGAAAUGAGUAGGAACAGUGAUCCUCUUCCUGAUAUUGAAGUCACAGAAUCGACGCAUUAUGAUACACUUCAAGAAAUGGGGUUGGUUCCGCUACGACGAAAGACAUCACUCUUUGAUUAUGGUCUCAAGAAGUCAGAGUGAGGUGGUGGAACAAUUUGGUUUCUCCGUUUUUUGCGUCCUGCGCAACAUGGAGUUGUUGUGGUCUUCCCGUGCUCAACUAGCCGCAUUACCGGUGCUCGGUAACGGCAGGCAUUCAAACACAGUUGGCUUCGAGCGCCCGAAUGAGCAAGAGGUGCGCGUGGUCCGUGCUUUCGUUGCGUGGCACUGUUAACUGUCAGGAUCAUCGUUUGUUGGGUCCAAGCUGAGGGUUGCUUGCGGAAGAAAAAAGUCCGAUGGCGUGAGGAACUUGGCUGAUCCUCGUCGAUGCUCCCGUGGGAAACUUCAUGGUACAACCUACUGAAUAGCUAGUGUUGUAUUCCCUACUACAGGGUACGCACAAUAAAAGUAUGGUAGCUGGUUCAAGAUCUAGUAUCACCAAGAUGAAACCUCAGUAUCGACGAGGCUGCGAGGACAAAAAGCAGCCCCACCGUUCCGAGCUCACUCAGUUGCAAAUAGAGCAAUUUCUAGCUAGGCGAUGACCUCCUCCUCAAAUAUCGACUCAUCAUCGUAGUACUCUUCGAUGAUUUCUUCCUCGUCGUCGUCGUAGUACUCUUCUUCAAUGAUUGACUCAUCU